AUGUCGGAUCCUUCUGAAUCCGUGCCACCAACUCUAUCCCGGUCAAACUCUUUGGGUUUCGGGCUAAAGAAGCAGCUCACCAGCCUUUCCUCCGAAUCCAACGACAGACCGAGGCGCAGGCUCACCAAAAGAAACCCCAACGCAACCUCAUCCGACGCAAGCGAUGACCCUGGAGUAGAAGGCCCUGAAGUGCCGAAUGCCAACACCGAAAGCGAUGUGAUCCCCAGCACGGCUACUUCGCUGUCCAGCAUCUUCACUGCUGCAGACCGCGAAAGAAUCGAUGACAUAUAUCACAAAACCUGCAAGGUAGCAGACAAAGUCAACUGGAUGCGCGUCAAAGUAUCGCAUUUCGCGCCCUCCUCCAUACCCACCGCCCCGCUGUACAUAGUCCAGCGAAAAGUCAGCACUUUCCAGGACAGUAUCCAGGCUCUAGCCCAACAGCGGGAGCCAACUUACAAGACAGGCACUGACGGUAUUUCUAGGUAUGAAAGCUCUGUCCGGCAGAUCGAGCUGCACGAGAAGGCAGUGUAUGCCCUCGAGGUCUACACUCGCAGCCUGGGGGCUGUCGUGACGCAGCUUUGUACAGAUGCCCUCUUUAUUGCUCGUCAUUACGGCCUCGCUCCGAAUCCUGCUUUACUUCACGAGCUCGCCGAGAAAGCUGACAGGUUUCCUGGAUUUGUCCAAGAGCUCACUGAGAAAGCUGAGGAUUUUCCUCGACUUGAUGUGCUCUUGGAAGGCGGCUUACCUAGAGAUCGUAUAUGUAGAUGGUGA